AUGCUGGGGCGAGGAGGAAGAGCGCACCCGCCCUCCCGCUUCCGCUUCCGGCCCAGCCCCCGCCUCCUCGGCCCCGCCUCCUCCGGGGCGGGGCGGGUGACGUCAGCGAGCGGCGGCGGGGACGGCCCCUCGGCGCAGGGCCUUGCGGGUGGUGGCGGCGGCGGAUGGAGGAGGCGGCGGGGCCCAGCAGCAGCAGCAGGUGAGGAGGCGGGAGGGCGCCCCGGGGAGGCCCCGGCGGGGCGGGUGGGCCUGCUGGACCUUCCGUGGGAGGACGUGCUGGUGCCGCUGGUGCUGCCCCGCCUGCCGCUGCCCCUCCUCCUCCGCGCCCAGAGGGUCAGCCGCGCCUUCCGCACCCUCGUCCGCCUCCACCUCGCCGCCCUCCGCACCUUCCGCGCCAGCCAGGCUGGACCUCACCUUCCCAAGGCCGCCUUCUGCGUCCUGCUCAAAGACAAUGAGGUGCUGCAGCAGCUGGCCCUUCAGGACUGCUCGGCCUGGCUCUCGGACACGGAGCUCCUGCCCGUCCUCAGCCAGAACCAUCACCUGCAGCACAUCGAGCUGAGCGGCUGCGCCCAGCUGAGCCGGCAGACCCUGGUGGCCAUUUCCCUGAGCUGCCCCCGCUUGCGCCACCUCGCCCUGGCCCACUGCGAGUGGGUGGACAGCCUCUCCCUGCGCAGCCUGGCUGACCACUGCAAGGAGCUGGAGGCCUUGGACCUCACAGCCUGCCGGCAGCUGAAGGACGACGCCAUCUGCUACCUCGCCCAGAGGUGCCCCGGGCUGAAGUCUCUCUCCCUGGCCGUCAAUGCCAACGUGGGCGAUGCGGCCGUGGAGGAGGUCGCCAAAGGCUGUCCGGGGCUGGAGCAGCUGGACCUCACUGGCUGCCUGCGGGUGAAGAACGACUCCAUCAGGACCUUGGCUGAAUACUGCCCGAAGCUGAAGGCCUUGAAGGUGAAGCACUGCCAUGACGUGGUGGAGUCCAGCCUGAGCGUCCUGCGCAGCCGAGGGGUGGAGCUGGACGUGGAGGCCCCGAUGCAGCUGGCUGUGGUGCUCCUGCAGGGUGUGGUGGGCUAUGCCCCAUUCAUCAACCUCCAGAUCUAGCAGGAGGGACUU